AUAAAUCGUCGCUACCUGAGCAUCUUGUAGAAACGCUCGCAAAUCAAGGCACUACUUGGCACUUCAUUCCCCCCGCUUCACCCCACUUCGGAGGUUUAUGGGAAGCAGGAGUGAAGUCAACAAAACAUCAUCUGCGCCGCAUAAUGAGAGACCGCAUACUUACCUACGAGGAACUCAGCACACUUUUGGCGCAAAUUGAAAGUUGCCUGAAUUCUAGGCCUUUAUGCCCACUGUCAGCAGACCCCGCUGACUCCGAUGCCCUCACACCGGCUCAUUUUCUAAUUGGUGAGGCCACCAAUUGUAUUCCCGAAGAAGACUUGCUUUCUAUGAACAUUGACCGCUUGAGUAGAUGGAAAUUGGUUGAACGCCUCAAGCAAAACUUUUGGGAUCGCUGGAAUAGAGAAUAUUUGUGUCGCCUUCAAUCACGUCCAAAAUGGAAUAAAAUGGAACGAAACAUCAGAGUAGGCGAUAUAGUUCUCCUCCUACACGAACGAAGCGUUCCGGGUCAAUGGCCACUUGCAAAAGUUGAAAAACUUCACCCUGGUAAUGACGACUUAGUACGAGUUGUCACACUGUAUUGUAAUGGCAAAUACAUUAAACGCCCUAUCUCCAAAGUAUGCCUCCUGCCAUCAGAUGAAGUUCUACCUAAAGAAGAGAAAAUUCUAAAAACAUAAGAACAGUCGUUCUUGGCGCGGGAGAAUGUUUGGGAUUUUUUCCCCCAAACUAAAAAUACACUGCAAUCCCUACAUACAGUUCUUUUCCUCCUUAAGAGUUGAUUGAACUCUUUUCUAUUCCCUUUUUUAUUAUUAUUUGUUUACGCGAAACCAAACCUAACGGUCCCUUAUGUAGGUACAGAUGAUCAUACGAGUAUGUAUGUAUGUACAUAUGUACAUAGCUACCUAACAACGGCCGUCGGUCAUCUCGCUGCUGCUGCUAUUGCGUUUUCGUUUUGUUUGGUCGCAGCAAAAAUUUGU